CAUUCCGAUGCGCCAUCUGUAGCUGAGCAGUUAGCAAAAUAUUAGCUGUUUUCCACGGUUUUACAUCGCUUGGUCCAACAGGAUAUGAUCACCGAAAGGUAAAUGAUGCGCGGUAACCCAGCAAAGUUGUGUAUCAUCUUCAAUCAACACACUGGACAAACAGCUGAACGAGUAAACAGCUAAAAGACGACGACACGUCAGCUGGUUGACCGUGUGGGCUAGCGGGAGCUUAGACGGAUUUGUAACUUCACCCAGUGAAACCACAGGCUGUUGCGAUGUCUGAGCCCAAGCCCCCGACUCCCACAGGCGGAGACGCGUACAAGGGUUGGCUUUUCAAAUGGACUAACUACAUAAAAGGUUACCAGAGGCGCUGGUUUGUCCUCAGCAAUGGAUUGCUGUCUUACUACAGGACUCAGGCAGAGAUGGGUCACACUUGCAGAGGCACCAUCAACUUGGCCACAGCAAACAUUGCUGUGGAGGACUCGUGCAAUUUUGUCAUUUCCAACGGUGGGGCACAGACAUAUCACCUGAAGGCAAGCUCAGAGGUGGAGCGUCAGCGAUGGAUCACUGCUCUGGAGCUUGCCAAAGCCAAGGCUGUCAACAUGCAGGCUGAAUCAGAUGACUCUGGUGAUGAUUUUCCUGCGGUUCCGACUACACCAGGACAGGGUGGAGGCUGUCGUAAUUCAGAAAUCCAGUCCACUUUACGCACCUUAAACAGUAAGGCGGAAGACCUUUCCACCUGCAACGAUCUCAUUGUCAAACAUGGGUCUGCCCUUCAAAGGUCUUUAUCAGAACUAGAAGGACUGCGUGUCGGAGCCGGAGACAUGGGGGACAAGAUCAGACAGGUCACAGAGAGGUCCACACUUUUCAGAAUCACCUCAAAUGCCAUGAUCAAUGCAUGUAGGGACUUCCUCUCCCUGGCCCAGAGUCACAGUAAGCGCUGGCAGAAAGCCUUACAGACUGAAAGAGACCAGAGAAUACGUCUGGAGGAGACCCUGGAACAGCUAGCCAAACAACACAACCACUUAGAAAGAGCUUUCAGAGGAGCCACAGUUCUCCCUCCAUCAUUCAGCAAUCUUACCUUAAGUAACAAAGGUGGUGUUUCAGGAAAAGGUGAUGUUAGUGAUGAAGAUGAUGACAAUGAGUUCUUUGAUGCUAUGGAAGACCCAGCAGAAUUCAUUACUGUUCCUGCUGACCCAAAGUAUCACAGGAGAUCUGGCAGCAACGUCAGCGGCUUCAGCACAGAGACUGGAAUGGAUGAUCAGUCGUUUGAUGAACUAUCUUUGGCAUCCAACCCAGAGUCUCCACAGCCUCUUGAGCUGGAGCCAGUUAAACAAAGACGAACUCGGAUCCCUGAUAAACCCAACUAUUACCUCAACUUGUGGAGCAUCAUGAAGAACUGCAUUGGCAAAGAGCUCUCAAAGAUACCAAUGCCUGUGAAUUUCAACGAGCCCAUAUCGAUGCUGCAGCGUCUGUCUGAAGAUUUGGAGUACUACGAGCUCCUGGAUAAAGCUGCCAAGUGUCACAGCUCUUUAGAGCAAAUGUGUUAUGUUGCAGCCUUCACAGUUUCGUCCUACUCCACUACCGUCCACCGCACAGGAAAGCCUUUCAAUCCUCUGUUGGGAGAAACCUUUGAGCUCGAUCGCCUUCGAGAAUGCGGUUAUCGCUCACUUUGUGAACAGGUGAGUCACCACCCACCUGCUGCAGCGCAUCAUGCCUUCUCCGUUAAGGGCUGGACCCUCAGACAAGAGAUUGCAUUGGCCAGCAAGUUUAGAGGAAAAUAUCUCUCUAUCAUGCCACUCGGUUCUAUCCAGUGUUUGUUUGAUAAGAGCAACAAUCAUUACUCUUGGAAAAAAGUUACCACAACAGUACACAACAUCAUUGUUGGGAAAUUAUGGAUUGAUCAGUCUGGAGAAAUAGAUGUGGUGAACCACAAGACAGGAGAUCGCUGCCAUCUUAAGUUUGCUCCCUACAGUUACUUCUCCAGAGAUGUGCCAAGAAAGGUAACAGGAGUUGUAAUGGAUAAGGAUGGAAAGGCUCAUUACGUGCUAUCAGGAACGUGGGAUGAGAAGAUGGAAUUUUCUAGGAUAAUGCAGAGCAGUAAAGGCGAGAACAGCAGUGAGGGCAAACAGAGGACUGUCUAUCAGACCCUCAAAGCCAAAGAAAUCUGGAGAAAGAACCCUUUACCAGAAGGGGCAGAGAAUAUGUACUUCUUCUCCUCCCUUGCAUUGACGCUUAAUGAACCUGAAGAACGGGUGGCGCCCACAGACAGUCGGCGACGCCCUGACCAGCGGCUGAUGGAGGAUGGCCGCUGGGAUGAAGCUAACGCAGAGAAACAGAGGCUUGAAGAAAAACAGCGCACCACCCGUCGCGAAAGGGAAAGGGAAGCUGUUAAAGCUGCAAGCUUACCAGAGGAAGCCAUCACUGAGGGUUCAAUCAAUGACUCACCUUUGAAAUCCGAUGCACAAGAGAUUGGAACCGAAGCGAGUGAGGUUUCUGAUGAAACUGACACAGAGGACUCUCCUCCUCUCACUCCCGUUGCAUCCCCUUAUGGACCAUCACUUGUCCAAUUCCCAUUGGAAGGAAAGGAGGGUCUUUAUGGAUCCCCAGCCAAAAGCACCCAUCCAGACAACUACCAAGCACUGUGGUUCGAGAGUGUAGAUGAUCCUGCGUCUGGAGAGAAUUUGCAUGUCUACAAGGGUGGUUACUGGGAGGCGAAGGAAGAAAGCAAUUGGGAGAUGUGUCCAGAAAUCUUCUGAUCACCGCAGAAUCAGUGGCUGAGGGUGGUGUGCAAAUGAGUAGAUGGAAAGCACGACUCUCCUCUAAAAUUAAGUAAGAAAUGAAGCCUGACGUAAACCUAGCCUCGAUGUUUUUAUCAUCAGAUUACCCAUCCUGCAGGAUCAGGGUCCUCCAGACUUUACCCUCAAUGCGGGCUCAGAGCCCAUGCAGCAUUGUCAUCAUAUUGCAGGUGGUUAGUGUUCAGAGCUGCAUCACACUGCCUCUCAAACCCUGAUAUUCUUCUGCUUACUGCCAGUUGUUGGUUUAUUUGAUCCAGAUUUAUGAGUUUGACUUUGGCAAGAGAAUAUUCUGUAUGUCUUUAUUCAUUUUCUUUAGACAUGUUUAUGUCAAAACCCUGAUGAUAUAUGACAAUAUUUAAGGUUAGCUUUGGGGCAGGAGUUACUAAUGUGCAUGUUUACUUGUUUUUGUCAUGAAAUUGUGACUCGGAUUAUUCUGCAGGGAUCUAAUUACAGCAAAGCACCACUACGCACAUCAUAAUUUAUUAAUUUGAGUUUCACGAACACAGACACUUGCAGAGUUUGCCUUGAAUUUCUGGUCAUCAGUGGUGCUUUUCCAUUCCCUGAAAUGAAACACCAGCUCUGAAGAUAUAGUGUCUCAUCUACAUAGAAGCCUUUCUUUUCUUUUCUUUUUUUAACAAUUAAAAAAUGAAAUUUACAUUUUCUGUUUAGUUUUUUCUUAAUGUGAAAGAAAAAGACUGUGUGCAUCCAGUUAACGUGGAUAUAUCUUCUCAAUUCCAUAUGUUGAUAUACUAAGCUCAUGAGGUAGUUGGAAACAAAUUUGUUCCACCACGAGUAUAAAUAUUUUUGGCACAAGCAGUGUUUUUCCUACAACAAUUAACUUUUUAGAGUGUAGCUGUUGAUGUUUGAAACAAUAAGUGAAAGAGCCUUGUUAGAUUUAAAUUAUUGUAUUUAAGGAUUCCUAAAAGAAAACCUCACUUUAAUCCUUAAACUUAUUGUAAAAUGUUAUUAGAUCCUGUUUCUUUCAAGUGCAUGAAUUCCUGGUGUUCUUGUGUAACCAUCAUCAACCAUUUGAAGUGACACGUCAAGGCUUUUCAUGUUCACGUCAAGUUUAAUACCUGAGAGCUGUGCUCCAAGUUGAUUACUACUGACUGAGCGAAGGAAAAUGAUGCAAAAGUAUUUUGCCUUCAGGGUUUCCUUCAAACUUGUAGUCAUAGCUUUAACUUUGCUUAACCCCUUAAACCUUUAGGUGUUGUUUAAAGUAGUACUUUUCCGCACCCUGUACUGGGUUGAAGGGGUUAAGGAUAUUUUGGUAUUUGUGUACAUUAAUUAAUGAUUUUUACCAGACAGCAAUAAGAGUGCCUCUGCACACAUGGCACGAAGUGAAAUGUGAGGUCAUUGUGAAGGAAAAACUCUGAAGCUGGAAAAAACGAGAUCGGUCUUAGUGUUUGUUACUGUUGUGUGUCACGGAUGGAAGGACUGAGUGGGUGAAUUAAAAGACAGAAAAAUAUAAAUCACUUUUCACAUUCAAGUGUACUUAAAAGAACACUGAAAAUGAAGACGAAGCAUAAUGUUAAAAAUGUUAAUGACUAAUGUAAUUAUGAUAGAAGCUAUAGAUAAUCUAAAGACAGUAAAGCACUUUGAAGUUUUCUUCUGUUAAUUUUGGGUUAUCCUUUUUUUUUUUUCUUAUAAAAUCUUACUGUAUGAGAUUUGUAUUUACCAACAGGACAGCUUUCUAUUUCAUAUACUGGUUUAGCUACAUGACAGUGUUCCUUAUUACUUUAACCUAUAGCUUUAUGCUGUUUUUCAAUAUAUUCAUUACAUCUUUCAAAUGAGUUUACAGGUUUCUUGAUUGUACUUUUUAAACACACACAUAUAUAUUAAUGUUUAUUUAUUUUGGUUAUAGUAGUAGAUUAUGAUUGUGUUGCUCUAUCAUUCAGUUUGUUUUUAUUCCUGUUUGUUACCUGUGAUCUUAGCCUUGCACUGUGGAGACCAUCACUGUCCAUAAGGUCACACAUUCUUACAUUUCUUUAAAAGAGAUAGAAGUUUUUUAACUUAAAGGGGACAUAUUGUGGAGAGGGAGAAAAAAAAUUGUUUCUGUGCUCGAAACUAAUACGUGUUUGAGGUCAAGUGUAACACAACGUUCACUUUGAGACCACACACGUCUGAAACACACGUCACACACAUUUAACAUUCAUGGUGUUUAGUUCACACAAACCUUUGACACAAAUUUAAAGUGGUAUGCCUCAUUGGAAGAGCACUUUGUAAUAGGUCACUUCAACCCCUAAAACUGGCUGCUUUUUAGUUCGUCCAGGUUUUAUCUAUUUAAUUAAGAAGCUCAGGAAAUUAUGUCCACUUUUGAAACCAGUAAUAUGUCUCUUUUAAGUGUGAUUACUAAAGUAAUUUAUGACCUGUUAUGACUAAUGAAUGAGCAGCUUUUGAUGCUGGCUUCUGAAGAGUUUUGUUGUUUCAAGAAAUUGUUUUUGGGAGUUCUUGAAUCAUGUUCAGCAAAUCCAAACACUGGAUGUAUUGAUUUAUGAUUCUAAACAUUUGUGAUCUUUUCUGUCCUUUUUAAUGCAGUUAUUUUUGGCAGGAUUGUUCUAGAUUGUAUUAAAAUCUGAGUGGAGAUGAA